UACAUGGUGUCAGAAGUGCGGCUUGCAGUCGAAAAAUCAUUUAUCGGCUAGUAAACGAUUCGCGCGCUGGCUGGUUUGUUCGGUAUCCUUCUGGCAGACUUGCCGGAUUCGGUGUGCGGGAAAAAGUCGGUAGUGGAAAUCAGAACGGCGGAACGAGAGAAUGGCGUCCGGAUUCGACCAUUAUUUACCGGAGCCACUCGACUGCUCCAACCUUGCAAAACAAUGGCCACGAUGGAAACAGUUAUUCAGUAUCUACCUCCGAGCGAACAAUAAAAUGAAAGAGCCUGAAGCGAGCAAGGUCGCCACCUUCUUGUGGCUGAUCGGUCCACGCGGGGUGGAAAUUUUCAAUUCGCUGUUCCCGAACGACGGAAGUAUGGAGGGCAUGUUUGGACAGGAUGAGAAUGCUGCGGCGGGCGAUGACGGCGAAGAGAGGUUCGAAGAUGCCACCGACGGGGAUGCUACACACACACACUUGCAGAUGUAAUCGCGGCGUUCGACGACUACUGCCUUCCUCGUAAAAACGUAGCCAUGGAAGCCUUCAAAUUUAAUUCAAUCGCCCAGAAGGAAAAGCAGACAUUCGCCGAAUUCGAGACGGAGUUGAGAACGCAAAUCCAAUAUUGCGAGUUCAGCUGUGCUAAAUGUCAGACACCGUACAGUGAUCGGAUGCAGCGCGACAGAAUUAUCAUCGGAAUCCAGGAUAAAAAGUUGCAGCUGAAGCUGUUGGACGGCAGAGACGACCCGCUAGCAAAGAUUAUUGAAACGUGCAAAAUCUUUAAGGCCGCAUCGGAAAAUAAGCAGCUCUUGGACAGAAAGGAUAAUCUUCUCGACGUGAAGCUGGUUUCGAAGAAGGUGGAAGCUGAUUCGGAAGUGAAAACCGUGGAUGUAGUUACACGUAACCGUUGCUACAGUUGUGGAAGGCAAUUCAAUCUCAACCAUCGAAGGAUGUGUCCGGCCAUGAAUGCUGAGUGUUACGCCUGUUGGGAGACUGGCCACUACAGCAAGUGCUGCCGAAAAAAGUCGACGAAACCGCAGAAAGAUAACCUACAAUCAUCGAAGCCGGGCGGAAAGAACGACAAGGCGAUACAUUCUGUCAAAUGGAGCGACGCUGAGUGAGUACCAAUACUGUGUGUGGUCAGACCGAAGCGCAGCCGUGGAGAAAGGAUUUUCGUAUUGGAAAUGAGAGUGUGCGAUUCAAAUUGGACACGGGAUCCGAUGUAAAUUGCAUUCCCAUACGAGUGGUAGAGAAACUUCGUCUUCCCAUUGAUGAAUUCAAGGACGCACUGAUUCUAGAUUAUAGUUCGAACAGAAUAAAAAUACACGGCUCGGUAAAAUUAGUCUGCUUUGACUCUGUGCGUAAUUGUUCGUAUGGUGCUUCGUUUUUCGUUGUCGAUAACUCAUUUGAACCAUUACUGGGUCUACAGUCGUGCAUUGAGUUUGGUUUGAUAAAGCGAUUGAAUGUUGUAGAAGGUCCUCUGGCAUUUCCCAAAGAUGGUAAACAGUUCGUUGCGUCCUAUCGUGAUAUUUUCGAAGGUUUGGGUAAAUUUCCGGGAAAAUGCUCGAUAACUUUGAAAGAGGGUUCUACUCCGUCACUGCAUUACCGUAAGCGAGUGCCAUUAGCUUUGCAUGAUCGUUUUAAGUUGGAACUAGAUAAUUUGGUGAAAGAAGACGUGAUUUCUCCUGUUGACUAUCCAACAGAUUGGGUGAGUAACAUGCAACUCGUUGAGAAGUCGAAUGGUAAGUUACGCAUUUGUAUUGAUCCGAAGCCCCUUAAUGAGUGCAUAAAACGAGAACAUUUCUUAAUCCCCACUCAAGAAGAUCUAUUUAGCAGUUUGUCUGGGAAACGCGUCUUCAGUGUUCUUGACUUGAGUAGUGGAUUCUGGCAGAUGGAGUUAGAUCGUGACAGUUCGGAUUUGACUACGUUUAUGACGCCAUUUGGACGGUUCAGGUGGAAGCGUGUGCUAUUUGGUUUGAACAAUGCACCGGAGAUGUUUCAGCGGAAGAUGGUGUCGAUUUUUGGCGAUAUUCCCGGUGUCGUGGUGUAUUUCGAUGAUGUCCUCAUUGCGGGCUUGAAUGAGGAGGAUCAUGAUAGAGCACUAGCUCUAGUUAUUGAACGGACUCGACAAAAUAACGUCAAAUUCAAUGGCGACAAGCUUCAGUAUCGUCAAGAUACGGUGUCGUUUAUGGGAAGCAUUAUCGGUGAUGGUCAACUGCACCCGUUGAAUAAGGAUGUUCGAGCGAUUACUGAAAUGCCGAAACCUACCUGUGUGGCGGAUGUCACCCGGUUGUUGGGUCUCUUGAAAUAUCUAGCAAAAUACAUUCCUAAUCUGUCCAAACGUACGAGUCAUUUGCGCGAAUUGACCCAUCAUGGUGCGAAAUGGGAAUGGACUAACGAGCAUGAUAGGGAAUUGAAAGACCUGCUAUCAUCUAUCAGUACCAAGCCGACUCUAGCGAUUUAUGAUCCAAGUAAACCUUGUGUUGUUCAGACAGACAGUUCUAAGGAUGGGCUGGGAUGUGUCUUAUUGCAGGAUCACGGUCCAGUGGCUUAUGCGUCUCGAACUUUGACUAGCUGUGAGCAAAAGUGGGCUCAAAUUGAGAAAGAGCUGCUAGCUGUAGUGUUUGCAUGUCAACGCUUCCAUCAUUUUUUGUAUGGUCGAGAAUUCACAGUUCAAUCGGACCAUAAACCUCUUGAGACUCUUGUGAAACGAGAUAUCGAUGACGUCACACCCCGUCUGCAGCGGUUGUUCAUGAUUCUUCUAAAGUACCCUGGGCUUUCUAUUGUGUACAUACCCGGAAAAGAGGUGGCUGUUGCUGAUUGUCUUUCACGUGCCCCAUUGCCAGAGGUUGAUGAAGUAAAUGAGGAUCUUCAGGGUGUUGUGCAUUCAUUGACUAAGAACGCCUGUAUGUCGAAGGAUAAUUAUGAUCUGUACUUGCAAGUCCUUGCUUCGGACGAGCGUUACAUGCGCAUAGUGAGGUACGUUGUUGAUGGCUGGCCUCCAUAUCACAAACUCGAUGAUCUUAGUCAACUUUUCCACAAGUUUCGCGAGGAACUUCAUUACGAAAACGGGCUGCUGUUCAAAAAUCAUCGUUUAGUCGUACCAACUGAAUUGCAAUCCCAGAUUUCUAAAUGGUUACAUGCAGCACAUUUGGGAAUUGACAAGACUCUCGCUAAGGCAAGAAUUCAGUUUUUCUGGCCUGGAAUGACUAACGAUUUGACAGAGCUGGUUAGUUCCUGUACAAUUUGUGAAAAGUUUCGUCGGAACAAUUGCAAGGAACCGCUGGUGCAGGGGGAAAUUCCAGAAUAUCCUUUUCAACAGGUUUCCACCGAUAUCUACGAAUAUGGUGGCCAUGACUGGCUAGUUGUGAUUGAUGCUUAUUCGGGGUUCAUUUGUUCCGAUAAACUGCAGGAUAAAACCAUGGCGAGCGUAUGUAAGUUAUUCAACAAGUUUUUUAACUGCUACGGAUACCCUACUGUUGUACGAAGUGAUAACGUCCCAUUCAAUUGUCUCGAAACAGAAAAGUAUGCAAACCAGAAUAAUAUCAAGUUUGUGUUCUCUAGUCCUCGUUAUCCCCAAAGUAACGGACUUGCUGAGAAGGCAGUGGCAAUAGCCAAAAACAUACUAAAGCGUUGCUAUGAAGUUGGGGAAGUUGAUCAAUUUCAGUAUCGAUUAUUAGAAUACAACUCCACUCCGGUCGCUAGCAUGAAGGUUUCACCCAGUCAGCUGUUUUUUGGACGCCAAAUCAAGACACGUUUACCAAUGGAUGAAUCGCUUUUGAUUCGAGAAGGAAUCGAAGAAAGUGUUGUUCAACGAAGAAUUGAACAGAAGCGAAACAUCCAAAAAAGGUAUUAUGAUCGUUCCUCUAAGCAACUUCCAUUGUUCAGCAUUGGGGAUCGCGUUCUUUUCAAGAAAAACUCUAAGGAAUGGCACUAUGGGCAGGUCAUUCGUGAUGUUAACGGUAAGUCGUUCAUAGUGCGGGAUAACUUUGGGAGCCAUUAUCGUCGUAAUCGCAGAUUUAUGACUAAAACUACGAACAAUGAAAGUAAAUAGCAGUGAGUUGUUGGUCGAAGACGAGUUAAUGAAUUUCCAACGUCCUAGCGUGCGUGACUCAUCGAUUCUCCCGAAAGGCUCUGGGGUACCCGUUGCUCCAUCUAUAGUUCCUACUCGAAGAUCGCGUAUGCAUGACAUGUUAGUUGAUCAGUCUGUUGGUAAUCCCGUUGUUAUGGAUGGUGGACUAUCUAAUAGAGCCGAAAAUCAAACUGUUGUUGAAGAUCGUCCUCCGCCAAAUGAUCCUCAGAUUCUGGAUGACUCAUUGCACUCUACUGAAGGAGCCUCAGUUGCGGUCCAAUCUCCUUGGGUAACUCGCAGUUGUCGAUCUGUUGUGCCCCCGAAACGUUACGGUGAUUGGGUGGUGUAAAGCAAACAUCAUAAAAAUCUUGUUCACUCUAGAGAGACAGUUCGAUAAAAUAUGAGAACUAAAAAAAAAAAAAAAGGAAAGCGUGUAAUAAUAAUGUACUUUUUAUAACCCUAUUUAUAAGCACCUUGCAUUCGGCGCCUCCAUGCAUUUGUCUUAGGGACAGAAGAAUACUAAAACAACCACUCAGUUAGCUAGCUAGAGAACCAGCGUCGCAGUAUUCAUCAGUGUUGUACUGACCAUGAAAGAGUAAUAAAGUUUCUUUUGUACAGUAAUGUUGAUAAAUUGAUGGAACAACCAGUUCUUUUGUUUAUUAGCCUUUGAACUCAAGAAAUUUCUCCUGGUUUCCA